AUGAUUUCAUCGGAAGAUCGUUGCGAACCUGGAUUUACAGACAACUGCUUUAGCGCUGUUCACAAAGACUUACAGCUAAUCAUUAAUUCAAAUAAUACUUCAUUUAAACGAUAUACAAAUGACUAUCUGGAAAAACUUUGCAAUGAAAUAGACGACGCGCUUAAUUGUACGAGUGAUGUGAUCGAUACGGACUGUAGUGAAGAUGAGGGCAGAGGAAGUCAGUCUGUCUGUCUCUAUGUCUGGGAUGACAAUCCAUUGUCUAUCAGCUCCGGUGUUGGAAUGCAACUCAUUUCGUGGAUUGCAUGCAAACCACUGCCGGUUUAUCCUCUAUUCACCACUUGA